AUUAAGCUUGCUAUUUGGAUCAGUCUUCAUCGAGACUUUUUUAAGAGAGAGAGAGAGACAGAGAGAGAGAGAGAGAGAGAUGGAGCUCUCACAGCAUGGUUUCUUGGAGGAGUUAUUGGCUCCAAGAAGAGACAGUUGGACAACUUUUUCGACUGGGGUUACUGAGUUCCUCCCUAAUGGAUGGAACUUUGAUUCUUUUGAUGAGAAUCCAACUUUGGCUACAUCAAAUCUUUCCUUUGUGGGAUUCUCCCACCCAACUGAAAACCCCAGCUUUGAAUGUCCUUUCGGUGAGCAUCAACCCUACCCUUUUGCUGAUGGAUUUACAGCCCCAGAGAUGGAUUCUUCAUAUACCAAGAACGACACAUCUCCUUUUCCAGCUCAAGAAGACUACCCAUCAAUGGUUGAUGAUGAAGAGUUUGGUCUUCUCAGCAGUGAUCAUCAACACAGCUUGGAAGAAAGAAAGAGUAGCUGCAAAGUUGAGAUGGAGCAAACUAGCAACAUUCAAAGUUUUAACAUGGGCUUGUUUGGAGAGAAAAAGACUAAGACAAAGAGGUUAGAAGGUCAGCCCUCGAAGAAUCUAAUGGCAGAGAGAAGAAGAAGGAAGCGACUAAAUGACCGACUUUCAAUGCUCAGAUCAAUAGUCCCCAAGAUCAGCAAGAUGGACAGAACAUCUAUACUUGGAGAUACCAUAGAUUACAUGAAAGAGCUUCUAGAGAGGAUCAAUAAGCUGCAGGAAGAAGAAACAAAAGUGGGUAGAGAUCAAGUAAGCUUAAUGAGUAACCUGAAGGAGCUAAAGCCCAAUGAAGUAAUGGUAAGAAAUUCCCCCAAGUUUGAUGUAGAGAGGAGAGAAAACAAUACUCGAAUCGAUAUCUGCUGUGCGACCAAACCAGGAUUGCUGCUAUCUACAGUGAACACAUUGGAAGCACUAGGCCUUGAGAUUCAACAGUGUGUUAUAAGUUGCUUCAAUGAUUUUUCAAUGCAGGCUUCUUGUUCAGAGGUAGCAGAGCAGAGGCCAUUGAUAAGUUCUGAAGACAUAAAGCAAGCAUUAUUCAGAAAUGCAGGCUAUGGAGGAAGAUGUCUGUAGAAUAGGAAGGAGGAAAAUAAGAUGGUCAUCUAGAAAAGGCUAAAGAAAGGGAAUUUCCCUGAAUUUGUUCUUCAAGGAAUAUUGCAAGUGAGAAGCUGUAAUAACAUUUUUCCUUUUUCAAUAAGCUCUGUUCAUUCAUCAGAUCCAUCUCACAACCUACCGUGAUUUAUCUACCCCUUUCUGGAGCAUCUUAUAAUAUAAAUAUCAUUUGUUCCUCCUCUACAUUAUUCCAAUAGGUCGACAUUAAAUGGCUGAGAAAGAAUUUUGUUCAUAUUUCUAAUGUUAUAAGAAUGUAU